UCUCGGAACAAAAGCUACUUCUCACUGUGCCACUUCUUCCCUGGCAUGCCCAGAAGCAACCCAAAACUCCAAUUCCUCUUCGUGUUCUGCCACCGCCACUAAAUGGAGGCAGUCGGUUCCAGACUCGGCCGCGCCUCCUCUCGUUACGGUUCCACCACCGUCUUCACCGGCCCCGUCAGGAAGUGGAAGAAGAAGUGGGUCCACGUCACUCCCUCUUCCUCACCCAGUAACACCAAUACCAACAACAACGCUCACGCUCCUGCCAAUUCCAACGCUUCCUCUCUUCUCCUCCUGCGCCGGUGGACCCCAACCACCGACGAUGACGCUGCCGCCACCGAUGAGCCUCCUAGGAGGAAGUUCCGUUACACCCCUAUUGCUGUUCUAGAAGAACAGAAAAAGAAUAUGGUGAAGGAUGAAAAUGAACCUGCAACUGAGAGUGAUCAAUCCGAAGCUAGACAGACAAAUGUCAUUCAUGAAAUGCAAGGGAAAUUGAACAUGAAUGAAAUGUCGGAGGAAACAAAGGAUUCAAACAUCGUUAGAAAGGAUGAUGAUGGUUUGGUGGACUUGCAAAGCCACAAUGAUGAAACCAGCCAGAACAGUGAUACUCAAUUGGAAAAUAAUGUGUAGUGGUUGGUCCAUGAACUGAGUAUGUGAUAUGUAAGUAGAAAAUCAGUGUGAGGCAGCGAAGUGUUCAUUCAAGAAAUACUGAGCGAGUAUAUAAUACCUCUUAUCUUCUACCUUCCUACCAUCAUACAUUGACAUGUAAUGUAAUUAGCCAUAAUCUUGUUUAUAGUGCUGCCAGUAGUAUAGGAAUGAUCAGUGACUAGUUUUGGUCAACAAGGGAUGAUCAGUUAUUUUUCGUGAUGGAUCAUAUGUAUGAUGUGAUGUUUACUGUG